UGCAGCAUAUUAGGAGGUCAGAAUACUUGAUUCCACGCAAAAAAUCCGAGGUUUUUUUCUUUCUUAGUGAAAAUCGUGCCGGUGAAAGGAUCAAAAUUUACAGAGCGAAGUUCCAUGCAUAGCGUGAUAUUUACUUUCGGUGAAAACUAUAACUGUUUUCGUAGGUUGGAAUCUGUGAAAUGAAAACAAGUUUAUCGUACAAAGUUUUUGCGCGUGUAUUUUUUUCACUUUGUUGUCCGCCAUUAUAUGUACAUAAUACGAAAGGCUGCCGGUGUUUAAAUAAACGGAAUACUUUUUAUCCUGUAAUUUUUGUUUCAAAACCAAAAUUCCGAUGUUUUUUUUUACCCCCGUAACUUUCUGUUUACCGUUUGGACUGUUAUAAAUACUUGUCACUGACAUAUCUAAUAAUGAUGAUCUCGUAUAUAAUACAGAUAAGUGGAUGUAGAGUUGAGUAAAAUUAAAUAAAUAAAUAAAAGGCUUAGACAAAUUAUACAAACAAGAAGUUGCAUUUGGUGUGCUACUGUUAGAAUGAAUGAAUUUUAAGUAAAAAAUAUUUACACAAAAUAAUCUCGAAUGGAAUUAUUCCUGUAUAGAACUCUCUACUGAUUUGAGGUGAAUUCUUCCCAUACCAGUAUAUCAACUGCACUUUUACUAUAAACUUUAUUGUCUGAUGACAGUUAUCAACUUUUGAAGAUUAAACAUAACUUUAGGUUGAAUGGAUAUAGAAUAUUUCCUUGAAAUUAAGAUUUUGUAUAAAUAUUUUGAAUCAUAUUUACUUGAAGAUUUUCUGUACAGAUUAAACUUGAAGAUUUUCUGUGAAGCCUUAACUUACAUGUAUGUAUGGAAGAUGGACAUUAAACGCUGAUGAUGAUUAUGUAUAGACUAAUAUCUAGAUAUAUCUGGCUAAUUGGAGCAGAUUUAAGAGUUUUUUAGUUGCUGGUUAUUACUAACAAGAUUCUAUUCUAAUAAAUAUAUUUGAAAGUCUUUUUUCAUCUUAUAAAUUAUCAAGAAAAAAGAUAGAAUUGAAAAGAUUAAAAUAAAAUUAUGGAAGUGAAAUUGAAUGGAAAGCAGGUUGACAGUGGGUCACAAACUGAGAAUACUGAAUUAGCAAUUGAGACACAGAAAAUUACUAGGAAGAAAUCCUACCCUUGUGAUAUAUGUGGCAAAGUAUUCAUUGCCAGAAAAAAUUUAGUUCAACAUAAAUUAAUUCAUUCAAUGUCAAAGCAGUAUCACUGUGAGGUUUGCAGUAAAUGGUUCUCUACAAGUAGCUUGCUCUCUCAACACAUACGUAUUCAUACAGGGGAAAGACCAUAUCACUGUGAUACCUGUGGUAAAACAUUCUCUCAGAAAGGUCAUUUGUCUGAACACAAACGUAUUCACACAGGUGAGAAACCUUAUCGAUGUGAUAUCUGUGGUGAAACAUUUUCUAGAAGUUCUCAUUUGUGCCGACACAAACGUAUUCACACAGGAGAGAAACCAUAUCGCUGUAAUUUCUGUGACAAAGCAUUCUCUCAAAGUGGCCAAUUAUCUGAACAUAGACGUGUUCAUACGGGAGAAAAACCAUAUUGCUGUGAUAUCUGUGGUAAAACUUUCUCUCAGAGUAGUAAUCUUUCUUCCCAUAAACAUAUUCACACAAAUGAAAAAAAUAUUUGUGAUACCUGUGGUAAAACAUUUUCUAGUCCAGGUAAUUUAUCUGCCCACAAACGAAUCCACACAGGAGAGAAACCAUAUCUCUGUGAUAUCUGUCAUAAAACAUUCUCUGCAAGUGGUCAGUUAUCUCGACAUAGACGUAUACACACAGGGGAGAAACCAUUCCACUGUGAUAUAUGUGGUAAAAAAUUUUCACAAAGUGGUCAUUUGUCUUCUCAUAAGCAUUUUCACACAGGAGAGAAACCACACCACUGUGAUAUCUGUGAUAAAACAUUCUCACAAAGUGGUCAUUUAUUUCAGCACAAACGUAUUCACACAGGAGAAAAACCAUACCAUUGUGAUGUCUGUGGCAAAUCAUUCACUGAAAAUGGUCAUUUAUUGACCCACAAACGCAUUCACACAGGAGAGAAACCAUACUGCUGUGAUAUCUGUGGAAAAAAAUUCUCAACAAGUAGUUAUGUCUCUCAGCACAUGCGUAUUCACACAGGAGAGAAACCAUUUCAUUGCGAUAUCUGUGGCAAAGCAUUCUCUCAAAGUAGUAGUUUAUCUUCCCAUAAAUACAUUCACACAAGAAAAAAGCCAUUUCACUGUGAUAUCUGUGAUGAAACAUUCUCUCAAAGCAAUAGUUUAUCUGCUCAUAAAGUAUUUCACACAAGAGGAAAACCAUAUCACUGUGAAAUCUGUGGUAAAACAUUUGCCACCAAAAGCAAUCUAUCUUCUCACAAACGUAUCCAUACGGGAGAAAAGCCAUACCAUUGUGAAAUUUGUGGUAAAACAUUUUCUGGGAUUGGUGAUUUAUCGCGACACAAACGUAUUCAUACAGGAGAGAAACCAUUCCACUGUGAUAUCUGUGGUAAAACAUUCUCACAAAGUGGUACUCUAUUUAGGCAUAAACAUAUUCACAUAACAGAAAAAUUAUACUAACAUCUACAUUAUACUGUUAUUGAAUGACAAAUGUUUUCUCUUGUAAGAAACUAUGUUGAGGAAUUUUACAAAUAGUAUCACUUUUGCCAUAAAUUUGUUCUUUUAUUUGCAUUAAGAGUACAGCAAGUAAAAUAUAUAUCAUUGCAUUGUAGUGUAAAACUCUAAUUUCAUAAUAUUCUCCCUUGUAAAAAUGUGUUUUUAUAAAGGAGAUAUGAUAGCUGUUAAAGGAUCAUAAAAAUAUUUACACAACUCAUAUGGUUAUAACACAAUGAUAUAUGUGAUAAUACUUUCUGCUUAGGUGUAAACACCAUAUAUAUAUUCUUAAAUAUUAUAAAAUAAUAUUUAAAUUAGUUCAAACAGAACUUUAAAUGACAAUGUGCCUACUAGAAUAUUCCAGUAGUUAACCCACUACUUUUAGAGUAAACUGUCACCAAUAUCAGAGAAUUUGUAGAAUUAUACAAAAUACAAUUUCAUUAAAAUAAAACCUUGGAAUAU